AUGGGUCUUCUUGCUUCCAACAAUCAUCAUCAACUUCAUCUCAGCCACUUGGAGCAUCGCGUUCCAAUGCCGCGCUCACUAUCAGCCGUCUCGUCCCUCGAGAUCCGAGAUCUGAACAGAGAUCAGAUCCGCUUUUAUCAUCCCGGCUAUCUCAAACCGUUGAACCUUCUUUUUUGCCUCCCGCGGGUGGACUACAAUACCACAGAGGGGGCUUUUGGCGUGCAUUAUUUGACGGCUCUUACGGCGUGUCAGAUUGUCGCGAAUAAUGCUUUUGAGAAGGGUUAUUUAGCGAGAGAUGAGAGAGGAAAGGACAGAGUAUCUGACGAUGAAACGAUACUGCUGCAACGAGACUACUGGUUCUUCGUCGAGGGCGAUGAUCGAUAUGCGAUUGUUCCAAGCUUCAGAGACUGGCAAUUUCCUCAUGACAGACUACCUGAAUGGUGGAGUGUCCCGACCUCUAGAACAUCACUUUAUGCAAAGCGAUGUGCCGUCACAAACACUAGCUAUGCUUUCACAUGGGCACAUCUGAUCCCCAGAGAAGAACAGAGUUGGUUCAGCAAAAAUGGCAUGGGUCUUUAUGGUGGUGGAUCACAUACUAUCGAUGACCCGCACAAUAUUUUACCGCUCAAGGCCGAUCUCUACGUUUGCUUCGACCAAAGCGUGUUUGCUCUUAUUCCAAAGCAAAGCGGUCAAGCAAAUGGAGUCGAAGUAAAUAGCCAAUAUGUUCUUCACGUUCUCGAUGGUAGAGAAGCAGAGUUCACUGCACUAUAUCAGAACCGUCCUGUCGAGACUCUUGUUGAGGGUAGCCGAGAAUAUCUCUUUGCAAGAUUUGCUUGGUCCAUCUUUUCAUUCCUGAAGCCUUUUCUAACAUCCGGCGUCGGACGAAGAGUCGUUAGAUUCCGCCUCAGAGCUUCCGAUGAUGACGCCGAGGAGGAACACUUGAUCUCUGAGAUGCAGAAUGUCUUCCUCGAUUCUCGAAAGCUUGAGUCGCUAUAUGGAGGUGGAAACCGACGGAAGAUGGUGUCGUUGGAGGAUUCAUAUGUGGAUGUUGAAGAUGAAUGGGAUGACGAGCACCCGGGACGGACUGAGAUGGAAGGGUAGUGUGACUUUUUAUGAAUUAUAUACUUGGUCAGCGUGAGGCGAUUGCUAAUGAUUUGUUCUGAUUUAGGAGAAGAAGGCGGUAGUCUUUGAGGACGGUAAUUUUUUAAAUUGGCUUUAAUGAAUUUGAUGAUUUAUGAUUUUGGAGCUGCAACUGUGAUGUUGCUUUGUUUAAUCUGAAUCUUGGACGAACUUUUUAAAUCCAAUCCUCAAUUGCUG